AUGGAGACUAAACGAAGCAUUGGAUUGAGAAGUAAAAGUUUGAAUAUUGCUUUACCUGGAUUUGCCUUGGCUGCCCUAAUUGGGUUACAAAAAAAUGAGCUGCACUCUGAGUUUUUCAGUGUUUUCACUGAACACGACGGAUGUAAAGACGUGUCGUUUAUGGUUGCGUUGUCAACGACGCAACGACGUGAUAUGGCUAGCCCAUUUGAAUGUAUGUGGGCCUAUGGCUGA